CAGGAGAGAAGAAAGGAAGGAAGAAAAGAAUAAGUCAAACAAAGAUAUUGGGGAACAAUUCAUCCAACCAUCCAUUGAUUCAUUCAUUUGACAAAUAUCUACUGAGCUCUGUCAGGCACUAAGGAUAUAACAGUUAACAAGAGGAAGCUACCAGCAGCUGACCCUCAGCAUUUCCAGCCCGAAAUAAGGCAGUGACCCACGGCAAGGCAGGAAUGAUUCUCAGCAGCUAAAGCCAGAGCUGGCUACGGGGCACACCCUGCUCACUGACUACUGACUGCUGACCGCUGACUGCCUACAGGGACACCACACAACUCUCAGCUUCCCAACAGAGGUGUUAAUCUUGAGGGUCUAAGAUUCCCUCCUGCCCACUGUGGUCCCAUCCUUUCAGGAUGAUCCCCAAGGAGCAGAAGGGGCCAGUGAUGGCUGCCAUGGGGGACCUCACUGAACCAGUCCCUACACUGGACCUGGGCAAGAAGCUGAGCGUGCCCCAGGACCUGAUGAUGGAGGAGCUGUCACUACGCAACAACAGAGGGUCCCUCCUCUUCCAGAAGAGGCAGCGCCGUGUGCAGAAGUUCACUUUUGAGUUAGCAGAAAGUCAGCGAGUGAUGCUGGCCGGAAGCGCCAAGAGGAAGGUGACUGGAACAGCGGAGCCGGGGACGGUUGCCAAUGCCAAUGGUCCCGAGGGGCAAAACUACCGCUCGGAGCUCCACAUCUUCCCGGCCUCACCCGGGGCCUCACUCGCGGGUCCCGAAGACGCCCACUCUGCAGCCGCCCCUGCGGGGUGGGUCCCCAGCCCCAGCGCCCUGGCGCCAGGCUAUGCGGAGCCGCUGAAGGGCGUCCCGCCGGAGAAGUUCAACCACACUGCCAUCCCCAAGGGCUACCGCUGCCCCUGGCAGGAGUUCGUCAGCUACCGGGACUACCAGAGCGAUGGCCGAAGUCACACCCCUAGCCCCAACGACUACCGAAAUUUCAACAAGACCCCGGUGCCAUUUGGAGGACCCCUCUUGGGGGGCACUUUUCCCAGGCCAGGCACCCCCUUCAUCCCGGAGCCCCUCAGUGGCUUGGAACUCCUCCGCCUCAGACCCAGCUUCAACAGAGUGGCCCAGGGCUGGGUCCGUAACCUCCCCGAGUCCGAGGAGCUGUAGCCCCAGCCUGAAUCAUCAGUUCCCCAGUCUUGGGGGCCUGGUAACAUCUGGAGUCAAGACUUGUGGACAGAAUUUUAUAAUUUAAGAAGGGCCUUCACACACAAAACCUUGCUGCAAAUGGCCUCAGAGGUCACAAAGUUCAGUAAUCCCCAAUCAUGGGUGUGCUUCAAAAUUGCCUGGGGAUGUUCCAAAUACAGUUGGCUGGACUAUCACAGACUUGCAGCAUCAGAGUCUCCUGAAUCGAAAAAUCUGUAUUAUUAAUAGCAACCAGGGCCAGGCACAGUGGCUCAUACCUGUCAUCCCAGCACUUUGGGAGGCUAAGGCACAAAGAUCACAAGGUCAGAAGUUUGAGACCAGCUUGGCCAACAUGGUGGAAACCUGUCUCUACUAAAAAUACACGAAUUAGCUGGGCAUGGCGGUGCAUGCCUGUAAUCCCAGCUACUGGGGAGGCUGAGACAGGAGAAUUGCUUGAACACAGGAGGCAGAGGUUGCAGUGAGCCGAGAUCACGCCACUGCACUCCAGCCUGGGCAACAGAGCAAGACUCCAUCUCAAAAAAGAAAAAAUAGCGACCAGUACUCCAGAUGAUUCCAGCAUACCUCAUCAAUGGUUUGUGUCAUUUGGAAUUCACAUCCACACCUCUGCUCUUCCCUGCUCCCACAGUGUACACUCUCCCGGUGACAGGGUACUCACUGGCAGCCCAUCUUCCUGUGAAUAACUCAAAUAAUUGGAAAAUGUUCCUUUUACAGAGAUGCAGUUGGUCUUCAUCUAUUCAUGCUCUAAACACUUCCUAAGCACUGACUGUGUGCUAGACACUGUGCCAGGCCCAGUCCUCGAGGAGGAAAAGACAGUAGCGCAGACAGAUUUAUAGAGCACGAAAUCAUCUUAAUUUCCUCUAAAGCAUGCUUAUUGACAAUUGAGGAAUGAAGUGUUGGGCAGAGGAAGGAGUCCCUAACCCUGCGUGUGGGGUGGGAUUCCAGAAGCUUCCCGGAGGAUAUGAGGAUAUGAGUGGGACCUUGGAGGAGAAGAGAAGGGGUGUGAGGGGGAGGGUAUUCCUGGAAAGUGGACCAGCAUGUCCAAAAAUGUGGAACUGAGCAUGGGCGCAGGGUGUUCUGCAGAAGGAGGAAGGCUGUGCUAGAGGAGCGGGUGAGGUCAGCGUGGAGCAGGCUUUACUAAGGAAAUGGGGAAGGUUUUGGUGAUGGGUCUUUCUGGGUGCCGUGUGGGGUGCAGAUUGGAGAAGCGUAAUGCCAGAAGCCUGCAAGGGAUGAGGCCCCGGGAAUGGAGAGAAAGGGCCGCCAUAGGCUCUGUACCUGUCUUAUUUCUAAUUCUCAGCACAACCCUGAGAGAAAGAUAUUGUUGUCCCUUUUUACAGAUGUGGAUAUUUAGGCUCAAAUGGAGGAAGUGACUUACCCAGGGGCAGAGACCAAAUGGGAAUCUGUCUGAUUCCAGUGGAUGUCUCUUUUCACUGCACUGGGUGGUCAGUGCCCACUCGCUCUGAAGUCAUCUGACUGUGGUGCCCUGCCUAGUUUAGAGGCUGAGUGCAGGCUUGGGAGUCAGUCUGGAUGGGAUGGGUUCUAACUGUCACGGCUAGCCGAGUGAACUGGAGCAAGUCAUUUCACAUCUCCGAUCCUCCGUUUCUCCAUCUGUAAGAUGAGGACAAGUAUAAAAGCUCCUUUGUGGGUUUAUUGUGAACACAGUGCAGGGCGCAUUUAUAAUAAGGGCACAGUCAAUGGUAGGUUUCAUGCAACUGCUGUUCUAGGCUGGAAAAGUUGUUCUUGCACUGGAGGCAGCAUGAGAAGCUAGCUGCUCAAGGUGUCACUGGGGGUCAGUAAAGCUGAAGCCAGAAGGAGAGCCUCUCGCUGCUGUAGGGAUCUCCCCGUCUCACUCUCUAGGGGCGAUGGGCAAAGUCAGGAGUCCAGCCCAUUCCCAGGGUGUGUGGGACAGUGAUUACAUUUUCCUUUUGCUCUGGAAUUUCACUCCCCUCUGGGUCCCAAGGGCCCAAUGGCCUGACUUUUAGAAUUGUUUGCAAUUGGUGUUUUCUCUUGAAUUUGGGGGCUGCCAUUUAAAGCCAGGUUUUCAUGAGGUGAUAGCCAACCAUUCAAGGGUCUGAAAAGUAGAAAGAAGGACUCCGAUUGCCGUGGGUUGGUUCCGCUGUGCUCUGGAAGGUAACUGCAGCCACCAGGUAUGAAAAGGAGCCUGGUGGGGAGACCUCUGUACCCAAAGAAAAUCCUUUCGUCUUCUGAGAAUGUGACUUUUGCUGGUGUUGUAAAACAGAAAAAAAGAAUGCUUAUUGUAAAAAUAAAAAUAAUAAUAAGCAAGGAGUGAAAUGUGAAAGUGUCUGCCCACAUAGCCCUCCCAUGCACAUAUGCACACCUUCCUACCCUCCUGCCUCUGCCAUUCCUACACACCAGAGGUAACCACUAGUGACAAUUUGGUCCUUCUGGAAUUGUAGAAUUAUUUGAAUGGAGUGUGUGCAUGUGUAUAUAGAUGCAUACCCACAUAGGUAUGUCUUUGUUUUAAUGAAAUCAUACUAUAUGGAUUGUUCUGUAUCACGCUGCUUUAUUUAAGAAGUAAAAUGUGGAUC